AUGUCCCUCUCUGCAGGCGCUCCCUCGCAUCCCCCGUUCACAUACUCGACGUCGACUCCCCAUGUAUCCACGGCCGCCACGCACGGACAGGCCUUCCCGCUUCCCCGGUAUCUUGAAUACUCCGCGCUGCGUGACUUGCUGCAUCCUGACGAUACCCCCGCUGUGACCCCCGCUGCUGUGCGGAGUACCGCUGCGGCGUCCCUUUCACGCGUCCAGAGCCACGCUCCUGUGCGGCCAAUCCCAAUACCGUAUCCAUAUCUGCGUAGCUCGCUGACGCCCGUGGACAGCGAGUCAGAAGGUAAUACACCGAGCCCUAGUCCCCCACCGCGCCGAGGUACAUCGGUUCCAGUAACUAUAGCUCCAGCACCAUCCACAUCGGGUCUUCGCAUACCGACAAGGUGGGGUGAACAGUCUAAGAGUUCACAGUUGACGCUCUCCGCCGAUGGUUGCGAGCUAACGUUUUGCGGCGCUUCGCUUGCGGAUCGUGAUACUGCCGCCUCAGCGCGCACAGCCUGUCCGAUCCCCCGCGCUUGUGGGAUCUAUUACUUCGAAGUUGAGAUCCUUGAGCGUGGGGCCAAAGGCAAAUCCGUCAGCAUCGGAUUUUCGACAGAGAAACUACGUAUGUCGCGCAUGCCUGGAUGGGAGCCGUACUCGUGGGCCUACUACGGCGACGACGGUCGCGUGUAUAGCGGUCAGAAGGAAGCCUAUACUUUUGUCGAGGAAUUCCAAUCUGGGGAUGUCAUUGGAUGUGGCAUUGACUUCAGUCAGAAUCGUGCGUUCUAUACGAAGAACGGCACGUUCCUGGGCAUGUUUUUCGAGGGCCUUCCGGCCGAUGACCUCUACCCCGCCAUCGGACUGCGCCAUCCGCACGAAUCUAUUCGAGUGAAUUUUGGUUCGGUACCGUUUCACUACGCUAUCGCGGACCAUGCGCGUACGCAGCGGGACACGAUCUGGGAGCACAUCAUGCACGGGCCUGCCGAGGAUGAAGCCGGUGAUCGCGAGAGUGGGGUUGAAGGUGCCGCGACGCGUGCGACACUGCAGCGACUGGUGAUGUCAUACCUUUCUCAUCAUGGGUACGUGAGCACACUCCGCAACUUCCGAACACAAUGCGCGGAUGAAAGCAGCAGACAUUCCGUAGAUGAGCGCGGCCCGGACCCGACGGACCCAGAAUCCCCGGAUUUCCAGCGGCGCGUGGCGAUCCUGCACGCUGUGCGUGAAGGCAACAUUGACGUCGCGUUGGACGGCUUGCGCGCGUAUUAUCCGCACGCUCUGGGCGCCCAGAGCGGAUUGCUGCUCUUUCGAUUGCGCUGCCGGAAGUUCGUCGAGCUCGUGUUGAAGGCGAGCGAAGCGCUCCGCCGCGUGAAGGAUGUAGAGAAGGCGCAAGGCGGCAGCGGCGCUGCAAGCGAAGCAGUCAUGGCUUCGGAUGAGGACGUGUAUGCCACAGGCAAAGGGGAAGACGCGGAUGGAGAGGGCGCGAUGGACACUGCCAAGGCCGCGCUGCACUUGACGCUAUCGUAUGGCCAGGAGCUCGAGGCGGAAUACAAGACGGACGCGCGACCCGAAAUACGUGUACAUCUGCGCCGCACGUUCGGGAUGGUAGCGUACGACGAUCCCGAGCAUGAGGAUGGUGAGAUGGGCGCGAUGGCGGGUCAAGAAGCGCGAGUAGAACUCACCGGCGAGGUUAAUCAAGCCAUACUCGAAUCACAAGGCCGCCCGGUGCACUCCUCUCUUGAGACACUCUUUCGCCAGACUGGCGCGUGUGUUGUGCAACUUGGUGUGCUCGGUGUCGGUGCAGCCGCAUAUGCAGAUGUUCGGCAAGAGUUCCUCGAGACCUGA